CACUCUUUUUGUCGUUAAAAACUGGUGAUUUCCUAUCGACCAAAAUUGUGCGUCAGCCAUGCCGGAGGUGGCUUCAAGCGGCACUGCGGUCCCCAAAAGGAGCUUCAAAAAAGCUGUAACUAAAACCCAGAAGAAAGAAAGCAAAAAACGGAAGAGCUGCCGCAAGGAGAGUUAUUCCAUUUACAUCUACAAGGUCUUGAAGCAGGUGCACCCGGAUACUGGCAUUUCUUCCAAGGCCAUGAGCAUCAUGAAUUCUUUUGUUAUUGACAUUUUCGAGCGUAUCGUGAGUGAGGCGUCUCGCUUGGCGCAUUACAACAAGCGCUCCACCAUCACGUCCAGGGAGAUCCAGACGGCCGUGCCCCUGCUGCUGCCUGGGGAGCUGGCCAAGCACGCCGUGUCCGAGGGCACCAAGGCCGUCACCAAGUACACCAGCUCCAAGUAA